AUGGAGGAGAAAUAUGAGGAAGAGAUCCAGAUGCCAGAGAUGCUCGAGGCUGAACAAGAGGAGAGUUUACGGGCCAUUUUCAUGCAUCAUGGAGAUCAACUACAGCAGGAACUUAAAACAAUCUGUGAGGAAAACAUAGGGGGAGUAACACAGAAAGACACUCUUUCAAAGCUCAUCACGGAAAUCAAAGACCUCAGAAGACAGACAGAAAUCAACGGAAUCACCCUUAAUGAGUUUUACACGAAAGAAGGAGAUGAUCUGCUCUGGAGAGUCACUGAGCUCAACAUUGUCGUGGAUGGUGCUGAAUCUAAAGAUUUCUCUGCGUUUGUGUCCAGGUAG